UCUAUGGAUUAUUAAAUAUGUAAAAUUUUUUAAAAUUUUAUUUCAAUUUUUUAACCUUGCUUCAAUAGUUGGCAAUUGAUUCUUGAUAUGAAAUAGAAAUAUCACUAGGGAAAAUUACUAAGCAGUAAGUCUCGACAGGUGUUUUGUACAGGUGUUCAGUCGGACAGUGGCGCGUAUUCGUGUGUUCAGUAUAUACCUUGUUUGCUCGGCACAAUAAAGUGUAAUUGAUAUUGAACAAAUACAAAAAAAAAAUGUGAAAUUUUUCAUUUAAAAUUUUUAAAAAUGUCUCGGUUAUGGUGUGAUAUGAUAGAUUCGAAGUAUCGUGAAAGGUGAUCGUUAUUAAGAAUAAUAUUUCCAUACGAAAGAUCAACGGCAGACAUCGUGGGAUAUUGCAGUUGGAUAUUAUGCUAAUCACGUUACGAUCAGAAUGCGAGAAGAAGAACUUGAGAUAUCACUCAAGGUGGUGAUAGUUGGUAAUGGAGCUGUAGGAAAAUCGUCAAUGAUCCAAAGAUUUUGUAAAGGUACUUACACAAGGGAUUAUAAGAAGACGAUUGGUGUGGACUUUUUGGAACGGCAGAUCGAGGUGGAUGGAGAGGAUGUAAGACUGAUGCUAUGGGAUACUGCUGGUCAGGAGGAAUUCGACGCAAUCACUGCGGCUUAUUAUCGCGGCGCCCAUGCCUGCGUCCUCGCUUAUUCAGCGACCGACAGAGAUUCCUUCGACGCCAUUCCUUCGUGGAAACAGAAGGUGAAGAAUGAGUGUGGUGAAAUUCCCACGGUUCUUGUACAAAAUAAGAUGGACCUUGUUGAUCAAUGCGUCAUUGAUCUGGAUGAAGCUGAGAGGCUUGGUCAUAUCCUAGGUUGUAAGCUUUUAAGAACAUCGGUGAAAGAGGAUGUCGGAGUCAUGAGCGUUUUCCGGCAUUUGGCGUCACGAUGUCUUCACGAAAUGCGUCGCUGUGAUGACGAUUAUCAGGACGAUUUGAGAUUAUACUCUGCUGGACCUAGAUCUCCUUCUGUAAUAAGCGCAUUUAGUCCAAAUGGAUCCACAUGUAGUCGGAGUAUGGGGAAUGGUACCAUAGUUUUGCGGUCAGGAGCCAAGACAAAGAAUCAUAAAAAAAGAAAUUUUGUAAAAAAUGCUUGUAGAUUGCUUUAGCCUUUGUAUGGAUAAAUAUGUGAAAAUUAAUGAAUGCUUUAACCAUGUACAGAUUGAUAUAUUCAUAUUUAUAAAGAAGAUAUAAAUAACUUUCAUUUCAAUAUUUCAAUGCUUACAAAUUGGUUUAAGAUUAUUAUAAAAUACGCACAACGUAAAGUAUUAAAAACUUAACAGAAAGAUUAAUGCAAAUAUUUUUAAACAAUAUUAUUAUGUCAAUUAAUUUGUAAUAUACACUUGUUUUGAUAUAAAACUAUCACUAUAUGUCUAUAGUUUAUUUCAAUUACAUACUGAUUAUUUAUUAUAAUUAUAAAU